GCGGUGUGCACGUGGUCAUCCCAUUUUGAAUUCCACAGCUGUACACCAAUCACGCACAGCACACGGAAUGCAGCGAGUCGCAUCAAGUGCAUUGCAGUGUGAGCCGACGAUCGACCCGGGGAGAAAUGGAUGCACUGAGAAGGCAGAGAGGGAGGAGAGGGCAGCCCACAGCCAAACUGUCGGCAGAGAGACACCAUCCAUGCAUCCCUUCAUCCAUGCACACAGAUAGACUCUACAAGAGCAACACGUGCGGCCACCCGCCCCGCCCCCCGCCCACUGACUCAUUUGGCGGCUAGUUGCAUGUUGAGACGGUACCCUCCCCAAUCAGCUUGCUCACAUGACCCGCCCGUCAUCGUGUAGAGCGCUUUGCUACGAUCGUAGCACUCCCAAGCAAACGAACGGGCGGCCUGGACCCUCGACCCGCCAUCCUCCUCAUCCAACUCAGCAUAAAAUGAAGUCCACACUCGCUGCGCGAAGUGUCGACACCAACUGCAGGAAUGACUGCACACCCUCCUUGCUAUGCCACUGAUUUAUGUCGAGGGCAUCGAGAGGGGGAGAAACCAGGCGCUCUACACGGGGUGAGCGAAAGCUCCACUCCGCUGGCACGCUGGCUGGCCACUCAUAGGACAUAGGCUCGGCUAUAUCGACCUCACUAAGGCGUGGCACAGAGAGGUAUGAUAGCAGCUCACAGCCCACAGAGGCGCUAAACAAUUCGCGGAAAAAGACUCUCUCGAGCCCCGCCAGCCCCCCGAAAAGACGGCUGAGCUUAGAAGGUGCAGAGGGCAGGUCAGAGAGGGAGAGAGUGCGAAAACUCACAUCUAUAUGACGGACAGCUGGGAAGGAUCGGCUCGCGGCGAUGUGGCCCGCUCCAUCCCUCUCAACCAGCCAUGUGGGGAUGCUCUCCACCACACCUGAGGCACUCGCUUUGAUACGGAGCCAGAGGGAUGUCGCGUUGCUGAAGACGAGCUUGUCACGCCAUGAUGGGUGGAUUGGUGUGCCACCGAGCAGCAGCCAGACCUGACACAUACAGCAGACAUACGUAGGGAGCCUUGUCUUGUUGAGAUGCUCGACCUUUGCCCUUUUCUUCUACCCUUUUCUCUUACCUCCCCCGCCUCGGCCGCCAGCUGUUUCACUUUCUCUCCGUAGGGACCGUCAGGCGCAGGAUGGGCGGGCCCAGCAUCGCUGCUGCAGUCCACCAUGAAGCGCGUACGUGUCCCGCCGCUCGAGAGCAGCCACCUCCGUGGCCGCCACUCCAGCUCACAGCUCACCUCCGCCGCCCACUUGCCGACGACCUGCAAGUCGGCCGCGCGCUGCGUGCAAUCCGCACCGAUGUUCGGCUCAGACACAAACUCCAACCUCUUGGGCACAUCUGCACCACACGAGAACGACGAAGACAGUCAGUCAUUUGGUCACAAGUGCCCAACCAGCCUGUGUCAAGUCACCUUUCCUCUCUGGUUUGGCCCAGUGUUGGUCGAGGGCCUGCUUGAGCUGGUUGAGACGGCUGAACUGAUUCAUCUCGAUCUCCAGUCCGGUGAUGGUCUUGAUAUCAGGGCAGCGGCCGAGGGCAGCGGUGAAGUCGGCCCACUGGGGGUCGUCGAAACGCAUCAUCUCGGCCUCGAGCCGCUCGACAUUGGGCGAUUCCUUAAUGAGGCGCGUGAGGCACCCUGAGGACGUAUCAUACUGGGAAAGACGGCCGACUUGAAGACUCCUGAGCUGCGGGAGGGCCCAGCGACGAAUGCUGCAGAUAACCACAGCAACACGACGAUGUGACAGUUGGGUGCAGAAACCCAUCUCCUUCUCCCCUGUUUGCAGACCUGCUGAUGUGGCCAAGCCACUUUUCGGGCUGAAUGUUCAGUCUUUCUAGGCUGGGAAAUGCGGUGGGAUCCCCUGAGGGUCGCGGCUGCGGUGGCUGGUGCGCACCCCAUGUGUCGUCGUUGUCUUCAUAGGGCUCGUGGCUAUCCGGAUACUUGUCCUCUGCAACAUGCAGCUCCUUGAGCGUCUCUGCAGACCUCUCCAGCAGCUCGACCACACAUUGCACCACACCGGACGCCUCCACAUAGGCCGCCCGGAUCUUGCCCUGCACACACACACACACACACCAAGCCAACAAAUGUCACGUGCCACAGCUUUGCCAAUGACACCACACUCCCAUCUCACCAGGUGCUUCACUUCUCUCAGCUUGCGAAUGGCCUGGUAUUUGGCCUCCUCAUCCUUCGUCAUACUGAAGUGCCGAAACACACCAAAGGUCUCGUCGGUGGCCUUCUGGUGGGUCUCCUUGUUGACGCGCGUCAGGCGAGUUGCCAUCAUAGUCGUCAGAAACGAGCCCAUGUGGCCCAUGACGCCCUCGGGCAGUCCAGGCAGACACGGCCGGCCGUAAUUCUGACACACAGACACAACAGAGAGAGAGGGCAUGCAUGCGCUGGAGAUGGCCUUAUCUGUUUGUGUUUCACCUUUGUAUUUGCUCCCCGCUGCUGUGUCGCUGCUGGUGCACCAGAUACGCCAAUCAAACAACCUGAAGGCGCGAUGAUAACGAUGUUUGCUGCCUUCGGUGGGCCGGUGCUCAUGCGUACCUCCAUCACUACUGGCAGCAGCAGCAGCGGCAGCGGCAGGCGAGCUGGUCCCGACUCGUGAGCGCUUCCCAUCACCAACAGACACCUGAACAAGUGAGUGAGAUGUUUCACUUGCGCAUGAAUGAAAUGUAUCUUUGUGUGUGCGCUUUGGUGUACCGCUUUGCUCUGGUGUGCUGCCCUGUCGGUCUCGCCCGAACUCUCAGACACGCUAGAGCCAACGUCGUUGACAUUGUACAGCCACCGAAACGUCUUGCGGUCACCAUCCUUGCGCUGACAUCCACACAGGGACAGACACAAGGGAGCGAUUGGUUUGUAUGCCUCUCCCUCCCUUCUCACUUCUAUCGUUCGCUUCAUCCUUACCUUUGUGCUGUGGCGGGCAGUGGGAAUCUGUGCCAGCUCGUCGCUGAGCAUCGAGUCGACGUCUGUGAGAGUCUUCAGGACACCCGACAAGCGGCCAGCCAACGAUACACAGGCCUUCAGAGUACACAGGACUGAGUGUGGGCACAUGGAUGGCUGCGUGCAUGUGUGUGUGUGUGUUUGUGGUGACCUGUGUAUUGGAGUCUGCAUUUGCUAUCUUCACCUUCGCCACCUCAGUGCUCGCGGCUAUGUUAGAGGCAACCUGCACACAGCAGGGCCAGCAACCGCUGCGGCAUGCAAAGGGACUCGCUAUCCCUCCCCUCUCGUCUUUCUCUCACCGAGUGUAUCUUAUCUAUAAUAUUCCGCAAGCUGCCGUUGCCAUCCGAUCCGUCGCCUUCCUCCCCUGAAUGCAGCACACCAUCACCACACGUACAAGGCAUGACACUAUUGGCGGCUGACGGCCAUCAGUCGACGUGUGGUUGCAUGUGUGAGUGUGUCAUCACCUCGUGAGGGCGCCGGGCCGCCAUCGCUACUGACGUCCACCGUCGGCACAGAUCAACCACCUGCACCAACGGAGAGAGGGCGAGGGAGAUGAGAUCCAUCCAUUUAUCCAUCCAUCCAUCCAUCCAUCCUUGUGUGUCUGGGUCACUCCUCAGGUGGUAGCCGGCAGCCUCCACACAGCUGCAAAUGACAUAUCGUCAAGAGAAGAGGCCCGAUGUCAGCGCUGCCGUCAGCCGCCUGUACAGCCUCAGCCUCUCAUCAAAUCUGACAAGAGUAUGACACGCAUCCAUCCAGGGGGGUGAGCCAUCUUCUGUGUGUUUGUCUCUGCUGUAUUGCCUUCUGGCUGCCUGCCUGUGUGAUCUCUGGCUGCCUCGGCGAUGCAUAUGCCACUCAGGUGCUCAUGCAUUCUUCAUUGGGAUAUCUAUCGUGUGGCCUUACCGAUGAGAAUGGGAUGAAGGCCGGAGGCAUCUUCAGCUCACGGCAGCGCCAAAUUACAAGCCAUUCGUUCUUUUGUCG